AUGAAGCCGCUUCUGGCAACCCUCCGACAAUCGCUCUCAGUAGGCACUUAUAUACAGAAGUCUGACACAAACACAAGGAUGAAGACACUCACAAUAGCAGUAAUCGGCCCCAGAGGCUGUGGUAAGACAACAUUUAUCCGAUCCCUAUUCGAAAACGCGGGCGACUACGUAGCCGCCCAAGAUGACGACAUCAGCAUACACACAGCCAACCUCGAUGAUCAGGACCUUCAAAUGCAUCUCAUUGACACACCCUACCUCUCUCCCGAAAAGCGGCGUCUCCCAGACAUGGAGACACUCAACUACAUCAAGACCCGGCUCAAGUCCAUGGACACACAGAUAGACGGCGUCAUCUACCUCCAGCGCAUCAUGGAUCUGAGCAACGCUAACUACGCAGUUCGUAACCUGGACGCUUUUUUAAACGCCUUCAAGUCCCGUGGAUUCCGGCACGUCGUCGUCGCUGCCACAAACUGGGAUCGUGUUACGAGUGAGGCUGACAGCUCGGCGCUGGAGGGGUACUUCCACGAUCAUCUGGACCGCGAAUCUUUGGUCACUUCACUGGGAGUACGGAUCCAGCGAGCUAGGUUGAGCGACUCGUCGGACGCGAGUUGGGAUCUUUUGGAAAGUAUGAGGUAUGUCGAGACGCCGGAGCCGUCUCCGCCGCCUUCACCACCGCCACCUACCCCGGCUUCACCAUUACCUUCGUCUCCCGCCCCCGACGCCUCUUGGGUUCCUGGUGGUCACGAUUGCGAAGGGCCGUCGUCUGCUACAACUAAAGACAUCCGUAAGGAUAUGAAGUCGAGAAAGGGGUUGUUUUUGUACUGA